GCACAUAAUCCUUCGCCAAAUUUGUCAAACAUCUUCCUCCCUCCCUCCCCUCCCCUCCCCUCCUUGAGCCCACAAACACAGAGCAAAAAAAAGGGGGGAAAAAAAACAAUCAUUUUUUUUGGCUCUGUUCUGUGUCUCUUUUCCUUUUGCUUCUGUUUCCUUUUCCUUUAUUAGCCCAGUUGGUUUUAUAUUGUCAAUGCUUGGUUGGGGGUGAUGUGGUUCGUGCUUGUUGCUUUUAAGGGUGAUGAUCAGAGGAGUAGGAAAGAGUUUCUGAGAGUUCGAAAAACAACUCUUCGUGCUUUGAGGUUGCUCUGCUUGGGCUUCCAUCAUCGAGAGAAUGUCCUGAGCUUUGUGGAGAUUCCUGGUUUCUGUCCUGCUUCCUGUCCCUACUGCUCUGUGUGACAUGGUCGUGAAACGCGGAGUGGGAGAAAAUCCGUGGCAGGUUACUCCACUGUACAUUAUGAAUUCUCCUCUAACCCAUCUUGCUGCCCCAGGAAGGCUGGGCAUGUACGAGCCUCUAGACCAGUUUGGUUCGUGGGGAGAAGCCUUCAAAGGUGACAAGAGCCCGAUCAUGGAUGCACCAAUGAUUGUACCUGCAGACUCUAGUUUGGACAAGAAGCAGUAUGAGUAUAUUCCACAUGAAUCGGUGGAGAAUUCCAGAUACGAUCAAGAAGCUAGCAAACCUGAUAAGGUACUGAGACGUCUAGCACAGAACCGUGAAGCUGCUCGCAAAAGUCGGCUUCGGAAAAAGGCUUACGUACAACAGCUGGAGUCAAGCCGUCUGAAGCUGGCACAAUUGGAACAGGAACUCAACAAAGCUAGGCACCAGGGCAUGUACCUUGGUAAUGGGAUAGAUACGGGCCUUGGAUUCUCAAGAACGAUGAACCCAGGGAUUGCUGCCUUUGAGAUGGAAUAUGUGCACUGGGUCGAAGAACAGCACAGAAAGAUGUGCGAGCUAAGAAGUGCACUCCAAGCCCAAGUAGGAGAUGUCGAGCUUCGUUUACUAGUUGAUAAUGGCUUGAAACAUUAUCAGGAUCUUUUCCGAAUGAAAGCAGACGCUGCAAAGGCUGAUGUGUUCUACUUGAUGUCGGGCACUUGGAGAACCUCUGCAGAACGGUUUUUCCUCUGGAUUGGAGGAUUCCGCCCGUCAGAGCUCUUGAACGUUCUAAUACCACAGAUUGAAACUUUGACUGAGCAGCAAUUACUGGGUGUAUGCAACCUGCGUCAUUCAUCUCAGCAAGCCGAAGACGCACUGUCGCAAGGGAUGGACAAACUUCAGCAAACUUUAGCCCAGGAAGUGGCCGCUAAUCAGUUGGGAGCGGGAAACUUCGGGUCUCAGGUGGCUGCAGCAAUGGAGAAGCUCGAGGCCUUAGAGAACUUUGUUAGUCAGGCAGAUCACCUGAGGCAGCAGACGAUGCUGCGCAUGUCCCGGAUCUUAACGACCCGGCAAGCAGCCCGAGUCUUGCUCGCUCUGGGAGAGUACUUCCAUCGAUUACGUGCUCUCAGCUCCCUCUGGGCCGCUCGCCCUUGUGAUUCCACACAAUCACUUAAAAUUUAGACCUCAUUUGUUACAUGAUGCAGUCAGCCCCGUGUAUUUAUGCCGAGACAGCACGAAAGAAUGGGAGCCUUCACGGCUUUUGCAGUGUAGGCUGUAUGCUUAAAGUCGGUCGUAAUUUUGCGAAAUUCUGUAGGUUGCGAUGUUGUAAAUAUGAAGGGAAUCGCUGGUAAUGAAAUGUUGUACAGUAGGGGAGUAAUGAGUAUCCUAUUGCCUUCUGGUAUUGUAUAUAUAGCUUAUUAUUGAUCUUUGUAACUACUACUCCUUUCGUGUUUGGUGCUCAUUAUUUUUAAAGCA